GUUUUGAAAUACCAAUCGAGACAUUCACAAUCUUAAGAGAGUUAGAAAGAGAGAGAGAGAGAGAGCGCGCGGUUCAGGACUGCAGGUUACCAAACAGAGACAAGGAAAAGAGAAAAGAAAUGUCGUACAAGCGCGGGAAAGGCAGGGACAAGGACCUUGACGACUUCAUCUGCGACGACGACGCCCCUCCAAAGAAAAUGCGCAAGAAAGACACAUCCGGUGAUGAUUCCGGCGACGAUGACACCAUCUUCAUCUGCGACGUUUCCAAAAACCGGAGGGUUAGUGUCCGAAACUGGCAAGGGAGGGUUUUUGUUGAUAUCCGUGAGUUCUACGUCAAAGAUGGCAAGCAAAUGCCUGGAAAAAAAGGUAUCUCGUUGAGCAUUGAUCAGUGGAAAGAACUUCGUGCUCAUGUGGAUGAAAUUGACAAGGCACUGGCAUAGUAAAUGGUGCACUAUCUGUAACAAGUAGAAGACUAAAAUGUGGUUUUUUUUUUACUGUUGACCAGAAUCAUUAGUGCAAGUAUGCUUAUAUGCUGUAUGUAGUUGUAGCUGGUGGAUGUGGAUUCUAUCGUGGGAUGUUUUGCAUGGUUUUCCUCCCGACUCUUUAAAAAGGUCAAGUUGCAUGCCUGUUA